AUUAACUUUUUUUUCAAGGUUUCAAUGUUAAAGUAUGGCUGCCUUAGAUGCCUCUAGAAAUAUAGAAGAAGCGGAGGAUGCAGCUCAAAUGCUGAGUGACGCCAUCAACUCUAGAGACAAAGAUGAAGCGACCAAAUACCUGAAUCGACUUUUGGAUCUGAAACUCCCAGUGUGUGUCAAAUUAAAUCCCGAAGCGUACGCUAAAGACAGCAUCAGGUUGAGAGUAGGAGUGGCGGACGCCGCAUCAGAAGCCCACAUCCCAAUAACAGUGAUGGUACCAGUUUACAUGACAAUCUCAGAGCUGAAAGAAAAGAUCAAUCGUGACUAUGACUUCCACCCGGCCCUUCAGCGUUGGGUGAUCGGGAAGCGUCUGGCCCAGGACAGGGAAACCUUGUAUCAUUACGGGAUCAGAAACCACGAUGAUUCUGCCUUCCUCUUCAUCCUUACUGCCCAGGCUGCCAAUCUGACCCGGGAACAAGAGAGAAAAGAGAAAGAGGACAAGCGGAUUGAUGAUAUAAUCGAGAUCGUUGAUCGUCCUCCUCAUCGGCCACCAGAGCUCAUCGCCAGAGGAGCCAAUCGCCCUCCUCUACCUCCCAAACCUCAGCCGGUUGGUUGGUCAUGUCCUGGCUGCACGUUUCUAAACAAACCGACACGUCCAGGAUGUGAGAUGUGCAGCACAGCGAGACCUGACAACUAUAAAGUUCCUGACAUAUACCAGCCGGACGAGGCAGAAACCAGGAGACUCCAGCAGGAGGAACUCGCCAGCCUGCAGUACGAGCAGUCUGUUAAGGAUGAACGGGAGAGGAAUUUCCAAGAACUCCUGGAAACGGAUUCCCGCAGUCUGGUGGAGAACGUGGAAGAGCUGGAUUGUGCCAUCUGCUUUAGCACCAUCAUGCCAGGAGAGGGCGCCGUGCUGAGAGAGUGCCUGCACAGCUUCUGCAGGGAAUGUCUGAAGGAAACGGUUCUGAACUGCACGGAUGCAGAAGUGGCAUGUCCUUAUAGAGACGAUGCUUAUUCCUGUAACUGCAAACUUCAAGACAGAGAAAUCAGAUCACUUCUAUCUCAGGACGAGCACCAGAAGUUUCUAGAACUGAGGCUGAACAUCGCAGAGUCCCGCAGUGAGAACAGUUACCACUGCAAGACGCCCGACUGCGCCGGCUGGUGCAUCUUCGAAGAUGACGUGAACGAAUUCACAUGUGACAUCUGCAGCGAGACCAACUGUAUCCUCUGCAAGGCUAUUCACAAGGGAAUGAACUGCAAGGAGUACCAGGACGACCUCCGUAUUCGAGCGCAGAAUGACGACGCAGCCCGACAGACUGCAGAGAUGCUAGAUCAACUCCUGAACAACGGCGAGGCGAUGAACUGUCCCAAAUGUCAGGUGAUCGUCCAGAAGAAGGACGGCUGUGACUGGAUCUGCUGUCUUAUGUGUAAGACCGAGAUAUGCUGGGUGACCAAACAAGCCCGAUGGGGACCUCAGGGCGCUGGAGACACAUCAGGUGGAUGCAGAUGUCGAGUCAACGGAGUCCUCUGCCAUCCACGCUGCCAGAACUGCCACUGAACAGUUCUGAAUGAUGCUGAUUCAACAAACAAAAACCUGCGUUACGGGUUAAAAAACUCC